GGAAUAAUGUCAAAAGACUUUUCAGAGUAUUUGAAAGGAAUGAAGAAAGAAGAAACAACUAGCAAUAUUGAUUUAAAGGAGUUAGAAAGUGUGUUUGAUCAGAAGAAAUAUGAAGUUAAAUGGUGGUAGAUUGUAAUAGGAAAUUCAUUCACAACCACAGCCUUGGGGUAAGAGAUUGACAUUUAAUAAGAUAAGAAUAUUGACAUAGCCUUUGCAAGUUAUACAUACUACAUUUUAACUAUCAAUUAAAAGAACGGAUUUUUAAGUGAACAAUCUUAAGGACAUCAUGGAGGCAAAAAUCACUUUGGGACAAUAAAAGAAACUAGAAUAGAUAUUGAAAUAUAAAAUUGUUAAUUACCAAGGCGCAUCCUAUCAAAACUAUAAUGCUGUUUUCAAAGGACUAGGUGAACAAGGAGUUUUAGGAUUUUUUAAAGGGUUAGGAACAGGAAUCUUCUAUUAGAUCACAAAUUCUUAGUUGAGAUACUUCUUAAUCUAGAAGUACUUCAACGAAUAGAAGUUGAUCCAAAAUUUGUAUGCUUCCUUUAUUGGGAUGGCUGUUGACGUGCUCACAAAUCCAUUAAUGCUUAUAUAAUCCAAGAUGAUACACCAAAAUAGAUUACCAAAUUUUAGAACAUAUAGAUCUAUUUAUGAUGUAUUAAAGAAAGAGAGAAAUCUGUAUAAGGGUGCAUUGGGACAUAUUUAUAAGCACAUCUUUAUCUGUUUAUCAUAGAUGCCUUCAAUCUACAUAAAUGAUUCAAGGUUAUGUUUAAGCUAUUUGUUGAUGAUUCAAUAAGUAGUAUCGUACCCAUUUCUAACAGUGAUCAGGAGAUUGCAUUGUUAAGGGUCGUAGCCAUUUAUGUUACAGACCAAUUAUAAAGGAUUUUGGGAUGGAGCAAAAUAGAUAUAUUAGCAGGAAGGGAUUUUGACGUUUUACAGAGGGUUUGCUGCUUUUGGAAUUGCAAACUCAUUUAUGGCUUUUGUAUUGUAUUCAACAUAGCUUUUGGGAGAAAGUUAAGAAUGA